CGUCAUACGGAGUAGGUUAUCUUUCACGGGACGGAGAAACCACACAGCCGCGUCGUCGCACCGCCGACCGGAUCCAUCGCCCGUCAUGCGUCCCCGUCCACCGCCGCACACGUUCCACCCGAUUACGCGGCGGCUGGUCCUCGCCGCCUGCUGCCUCCUACUCUUCGUUGCUCUCCUCCUCCCAUCCGCCGCUGCCAAGUCCUCUCUCCGCCCCAUCACCGACAAUGAGAUCCGGGAGAAGAAGGACGCCUGCUACACCGACAUCGAGAACGGGCUGUGGGGAUUUGCGUGCAGGUCCUCGGCUACGGAGAAGGAGAACUGCGUGCUUCGCUGCCUCUCGCCGGAGUGCUACAACCUCAUAUACGGCGGCGAUCCGCUUGAGGAAGGAGAGUUGGACUAUAUCCGCAGCCAUGAGUACAAGUACUGCAUGCACAAGUUAUCUCUUGGAGAAAGCUUGGAGGGUGUGAAGGGGUCCUUCAAUUAUUCAUGAAGGAUUUGUACUUUCUUGCAACCGGGGAAAUAGAAGAAGACAUCCUCCAAGUCUGCUGUAAAUUGUAACUCAUCUGAACAAAUGGUGUAUCCUUACGUGACAGUAUUCAGUGAAUUUUUCAGCUAUUGAAUCCACAGUAAAUUUAUCCUUUGAAAUCCUUGGUACGUAGCAAUUAUCCAGGAAAUGGUGUCAAAUUA